AGGAAGGAAGGAAGGAAGGAAGGAAGUUGGUUUGUCCCAUCAGGAGGAGCUGUGCAGCGCAGUGGAAGUGACCUCACUGCCGGGACAGCGCCGGGAUCCAGUCAGCGCUGCAGCACCGGCCGCCAGUGCGGGCGCGCCGUGCGAGCAGCCAAUGGCAGGGGCGGCGCCGCUUGUUGUCGCCCCGUGAGGCGGCUGCGCCCUGGGCUCGGUGCCGCCGCCGCCGCCGCAGGAGGGACCCGGGAGGGCCCAGGCCCCGGUACCCGCUCGCCUCUCGCCGGGCCCGCAGCCCCCGCGGAGGGCGGGGAGAUGCAGCCCCCGGGCGCUCAGCAGCCGCCGCUCUACGCGCCCAGCAGCGGGGACUUCACCUUCGUCUCCUCGGCGGACGCCGAAGAUCUUAGUGGUUCCAUAACAACUCCAGAUGUUAAGCUAAAUCUUGGAGGAGAAUUCAUCAAAGAAUCUACUGCAACUACAUUCCUAAGACAGAGAGGCUAUGGCUGGCUUCUGGAAGUGGAAGAUGAUGACCCAGAAGAUAACAAGCCACUCCUGGAAGAACUCGACAUUGAUCUGAAGGAUAUUUACUACAAAAUUCGAUGUGUGUUGAUGCCUAUGCCAUCUCUUGGGUUCAAUAGGCAGGUAGUGAGAGACAAUCCGGACUUUUGGGGUCCUCUGGCAGUUGUCCUCUUCUUCUCAAUGAUUUCAUUAUAUGGACAAUUUAAGGUUGUUUCUUGGAUUAUAACUAUUUGGAUAUUUGGAUCCUUGACAAUUUUUUUACUGGCCAGAGUUCUUGGAGGAGAAGUUGCUUAUGGCCAAGUUCUUGGUGUAAUAGGAUAUUCCCUACUUCCCCUCAUUGUCAUAGCACCUGUACUUUUGGUGGUUGGAUCAUUUGAAGUUGUUUCUACCCUAAUAAAAUUAUUUGGAGUCUUUUGGGCUGCAUACAGUGCUGCAUCAUUACUAGUUGGAGAAGAAUUCAAGACCAAGAAACCCCUUCUAAUUUAUCCAAUCUUUUUAUUAUACAUUUAUUUUCUGUCCUUGUAUACUGGGGUGUGAUCUAGUGUAAGAUGUGGCCAGAAACCAUUAUUUCAGUCACUUGCAGACUGAUGAUGUGUAAGAUUAAGAAGGCUGGAGAUAACACAAGUGAUGUUUUGUAUCCAGUUGUCGAGAUGUUUUAAGAUGGAAGAGCAUAUUUGUGUAUAUUAUUUAAUGAAGCAAUUGUAGCUAUAUAGAUUUGUAUCAAAGUUCUAGGUUUGUUUAAGACUCUUCAGAUUUUAAUGAACAAAAUAAAAGAACCUUGUGUUUUAUAACAAAGCGUAGCAAAACUGCAACUCAAUACCUGUGCCAAACGCACUGGGACCAGAUUACUAUAUUCAAGAAUUUAAAAUGAGAAGUUAACUGUUAACAAUCUCAAAGUGCAAUUUUUCUUUUGAGCUUAAACACAGCUGGCUUUCUUUGGCACAGCAGAUUCUGUAGAUAAUAUAUAUUUAUGAAACAGUCCUGAUUGUUCACAGAAUAGUCUGUAUAAUCAAGACAAGAAGAUACUACUUUUAAUUUAGUGCCUCAAUUACUGUGAUUUGGCUGUUGAGUUUUUAUAAAUUCCAAUUUGUUUUCAAAACGUGUAUAUACUGUGUAUUUUGUAUCUAUGGCUUGUGUGUACCGUAAAUACUCCUUGGUUAAGGAUGUAUAUUGGGUUUUUAAAAAUUGAAGAUACAAGUAUUCAAAGUUUUCAUUUACUAUCUCUGACCAAAGGAGCAAGAUAUUUACUGCGUGACAUAAUUAAUUAAAGUGCGUAUUUAGAGAAUCAAAUUAUUUUACUUAAAAGUAUAAAUUUACAGAGAAAUGGGUGAACACCUUUCUCAAUUCUAGUGCUGGCCUAAUGUUGGAGAGAAAAAAGAUGAUCUAUCAAAUUUAUGUGAUCUUUAAACAAUGUUAUUUUAUGAUGACAAAAUAAAAAUAUUGCUUCCCUAA